AUGACACACCAAAACGUCGCUGCCGAUCAAUGGGAUGACCGCGCCGACGAGAUCGUCGACUCCUUCAGCACCGAAGACCUUAUUGGCCAGAUGGCGCAGAUCGACAUCUCUGUACUGAUGACCGACGACCUCGAGCUGGACGAAGAGAUUGUGCGCAAGUACGCCAAGAUGCGCGUUGGCUCGUACCUCAACAGUCCAUUGACGAACGGGCCCAAGAACGGAACGUAUCUGUGGACUGCCGAGAAAUGGCGCGAGGUGGUGACGAGGAUCCAGGAGAUCACGAUGGAGGAGAAUGGCGGGCACCCGAUGAUCUACGGUGUCGACUCGGUUCACGGCGCCAUCUUCGUCCGUGGUGCUACACUCUUCGGACAGCAGAUUAAUGCUGCCGCCUCAUUCCGCCCCGACCUGGUCUACGAGCAAGGUCGUAUCACUGCGCGCGAUACGCUCGCAGCCGGGAUUCCGUGGAUCUUUGGGCCGAUCCUCGGCAUUUCACGUAACCCGUUGUGGCCACGUACAUUCGAGACGUUCGGUGAGGACCCGUACCUUGACUCAGUAAUGGCCGAUGCCAUUGUGCGCGGUCUGCAGAGUAAUGGCAGCACUGCCGCCUGUAUGAAGCACUGGAUAGUGUACACUAAAACACGAUAA